GCCCCCAUCGCAAAAGAGCUAGAAGCCAGAACAGCACAGCACCACGAGCGCCGAUAUAUAAAGAGGCUCCGUCACCCGUACCGAAUUACCAACCCAACCAGACCUGUACGGGGCUCAAAACCGCGUGGAGGAUCGUGGGGUACCAGCGAACAGCACCAGCGAGGCCUCGGCCGACAGCGCUGGAGCUCCCUCUACCUAGCUGCCCAGCGGAAUCUCUUCUUCAUGUCCGGUGGUAUAACAAGCCAUUGAGGAGAGCCGGCGGAGCUUCGAUCAGGCAGGGCGGAGCGAGAAAUUGAGCUGAGAGAGAGGGGGAUUCAUCAUAGUUCACCCAUGGUUGUGCUUAUGCAGAAGCCGUGGCUGCCCGUCGACCUGCGGCUGCCGGCGGGGCCGCAGGCGUCGCUGGGGAUCCUGGCGUUCGAGGCGGCGGCGGCCAUGUCCAAGCUGCUGUCGCUGCACCGUUCAUUGUCGGACCCGGAGGUCUCCCGGCUGCGGUCCGACGCCAUGCGCUCGCCGGGCGUAGCGUACCUCAACUCCACCGACCAGGCGUUCCUCCUCAAGCUGGCCUGCGCCGAGCUGGUCGUGUCGCUGGACACCGCCGCCGCCGCCGUCGCGCGCCUCGGCCUGCGGUGCGGCCUCGACUUCGGCGGCGUGUACGCCUGCCUCAAGGCCGGCACCCCCGACGCGCGCCUGGACCCGCUCCUGGCCAAGGGGCUCAGGGUGAAGGCCAAGAAGAUGGAGCGCCUCGUCGCCGCCACCGCCAAGCUCUGCUCCGAGAUGGAGACGCUCGACGAGCUGGAAUCCGCCGACCGGAAGUUGAACGUCCGGGGCUGGAGUCGACUCAGCGGCCCGAUCCCGCAGCAGCCACAGGCGGCGGCCCAGCAGCAGCAGCAACAAUUGACCGGGGAUUCACCUGGCGCGGAGUCGCUCCGGCAAGAGCUCAAGACGCAGCAGCUCAAAGUGAAGCGCCUCAAGGACGAGUCCCUGUGGAACCAGAGCUACAAGAAGGCCGUAGGCCUCAUGGCGCGCGCCGCCUGCGCGCUGUUCGUCCGCAUCUGCUCCAUCUUCGGCCCAUUCGUCGCUGGCCUCCCGCCGCCGCUGCCGUCGGCCAGCACGGACAGCGUCCAGACCCGGCUGUCGAAGCUGCUGCACCCGCGGUCGGCGAAGGCGAAGGCGUCGUCCGGGCCGAUCACGCGUCGGGACGGCCCGUCCCGCGUGCACCCGCCGAUGAGCAACUCGUGCCCGAUCAUCGGGCGGCACCCGCCGGGCCAGAAACCCCCCACCAACUGGCGCAAGGUCCUGGACGCGCCGCCCAGCACCGUCGGCGGCGCGGGGCUGGACCAGCAGUACGCGAACGUGAUCGCGUCCGCGGAGGAGCUGCUGCGCAUGGAGGCCGAGGGCCGCCAGGAGGAGGCCUCCGCGGAGCGCGCCGAGAUGUACGAGAUGCUCCCGGCGAAGCUCCGCGCGGCGGUCCGGUCGAAGCUGCGGGAGUGGUGGCGCGACCCGGGCCCGCUGGACGAGGGCCUGGCGCGCGGGUGGAAGGACGCGGUGGACCGCAUCAUGGCGUGGCUGGGUCCGAUGGCGCGCGACACGGUGCAGUGGCAGGCGGAGCGGAACAUGGACCGGACGCGCCGGUUCGACGGCGCCCCGCGCGUGUACGCGCUGCAGACGCUGCGGUGGGCGGACAAGGACAAGGCCGAGGCGGCCAUCGUCGAGGUGCUCGUCGCGCUGAGCUGCAUCUGUUGGUACGAGGAGCGCCGGCGAGGCUCCGUCCGUCUCGGUUGAACCAUUCAACGCAUUCUUUCCCCUCGCUCGAUCAGAUCGGUCGUGGCGGGUGGCCGUUUCUUCCUCUUCUCUCCUGCGUUUGUCAAAUAUUUGAUUUGAAGAGUUGAUUUUUUGAGCCGGUAGUAGAAGAAUUAGAAGUUAGAACGGGGUGGUGAUGCGUUGAACGGGUUAGGAAGGAAGGAGACACAGCAGCAGCAGCAAUACUUGAAACGAAAUCGAUGGUUGGUAUGCGCGUUGGGGUGGCUGUCAGCGGCGUGACGCCGACACGUGGGGGCCUCGCUUCCCACUCUCCCGUCGGUCUCACGCCAGUGACAGAGUCCGGUGUACAACACAGCGUCACGAGGAUUGUGUAAUAUAUAUACUACGAUUGAUUCUUUG